AUGGAUUAUGUUGAGAAGAGAAUGGCUGCUGAAGCCCAACGACCUGCUGGCGCAGAAGUCGCCAGCCUAGCCACCCCCAUCAAUCUCCUCCUCCUCAGUCUCCUCGCCCUCCUCACCUACACGACCUUCCGUCCGAAGAAGGCCGUCCCCAUCCCCAGCGCCCCCUCUCCCAUCGUCUUCCGCACAUUCACCCCCCCAGAACUCGUCCCCUUCUCCGGUCUCAACAACACACCUGUCUAUCUAUCCGUCCGCGGCCGCGUUUUCGAUGUCAGCAAUGGAAGGAAUUUUUACGGACCAGGUGGACCGUAUGAGAAUUUUGCAGGGAGAGAUGCCAGUCGUGGGUUGGCGAAGGGGAGUUUUGAUCCGGAGAUGUUGACGGAGGAUUUACAGGGGGAGUUGGAUACGUUGGAGGAUCUGGAUGAGGAUGAGUUGGGGGCGUUGAGGGGGUGGGAGGAGAGGUUUGAGGAGAAGUAUUUGGUAGUGGGUAGGUUGGUUAGUUGUGCGGAAAAGGAGAGGGAGAAGGGGGAGAAGGCUUAG